AUGGAGAACGGCGGCGAGCCGAGCAACAAGAAAUCGAGGUUGCAGGAGGAGGAGCCCAUGGCGGUGAAGCAGGAAGGGCUAGAGAGGAGGCAGAGCCAAGGCGGCGAAGGUGCGCUGUUGGCGGUGGAGGACGAAGCCAUGCAGGUUCCAUGGGUGGCCGCGGAGGUGAACCCGCUCUUCUAUCUCUGCUUUGCAUGCCAACUCCCACUCAGGCCUCCUGUGCACCAGUGCGAGGGCGGCCACAGGGUGUGCGGCAGGUGCCAUGGCGACCGCUGCACGUCGUGCGACCCGCCGACGGCCUACAUUCCCUUCCCCUUCAUGGACGACGCGCUGCGCGCCGUGCAGCUGCCGUGCUGCUACAAGGCGGACGGCUGCGGGAGGAAGCUGAUGUACCACGAGGCCGCCGACCACGCGCUGCAGUGCGCCUUCGCGCCCUGCCACUGCCCGGGGCACGGCUGCAGCAUGUGGGCCUCCCCGCCGGCCCUCCUCGACCACAUCGCCGCCGCCCACUCCUGGCCCGUCACGGAGGUCAGCUACGGGACCCCGUUCAGGAUCGCCGUGCCGCCUCCGUGGCGCGGCGGCGGCACGCACCUCCUCGUCGAGCGGAACGACCCGCGCCUGUUCCUCGUCACCCUGUCCGAGUUCGGCGAGGCCACCGCUGUGUCGGUGGUGUGCGUGCGGGAGGGCACGGCGGCGGCGGCGCCCCGCUUCAGGUCCACGGUCUGGGCUGAGGUUGCCAGCAACACGGAGGAGAAUUUGUUUCGUCGUCUGUCCACGGUGCCGAGCAGCAGCAGCGGCAAUCUUCCCGGUGAAAGGCCGCCGGUGUGCCUGCUGGUGCCACCGGACUUUGGGAGCGAGAGCGAAGACCUCUUCCUCGGUGUUCGCAUUGACAAGCUCUGAUCCAUCGACGCCGCCAAGUCUCAUUAUAACCUUAUUAUAUGAUCCAUGGUAAUCGUAAUCCAUCCGCCUUUUACUCUAGUAGUUGGUACUGGUAUGGUAGUACUAGCAGAAAAUGUCAGGUCAUGAACUGCUAGGCACGCGAUGCAUGUCUUUUGGGUUGCAUUUUCGAAUGGAAGCGGCGAGCAACAAUUCUUAUGUCGUGUCUGAUCAAGAUUAAUUAUAA